GGGCCUCGGAGAGCGCCGGCCCCGCCCAGGCCCCGCCCAAUCUGAGGCGCCGCGCUCGGGACUCCAGGCCGGGAGGUCAGAACGAAGAAGUAUUCAGAAGCCAAGUCAUGGAUCCACCUGCACGUAAAGAAAAGUCCAAAGUUAAAGAACCUGUCAGCCGAGUUGAGAAGGCCAAGCAGAAAUCAGCCCAGCAGGAGCUGAAGCAAAGACAAAGAGCAGAGAUUUAUGCCCUUAACAGAGUCAUGACCGAACUGGAGCAGCAGCAGUUUGAUGAGUUCUGUAAACAGAUGCAGCCUCCUGGAGAGUGAGCCACCGGUGUUCAAACGAGAUGGGACCCCUGAGGCUUUGUCUGUGAGCUCAGUACCAGUUUUAAGCUGAGAUGGCCCAUGUGGAGCCUGACAGAACUAGACAAGAAGGCAUUUGUGUUUUUCCUAAAACUGGAUAAAAACUGAACUUCCUAUAUGUAACUUCUGCUUCACUGGUUCCUCCAAUUUGAAUUGGCCCAAUGCUUGCUGAAGCGACUUGUUGUAUUCUCCUAAGAUAAUACUCUUAUUUUUUAAACCUUUUUCUAUUGUUUGAGAAAAAUCAGUGUUUCUUGUGAAACUACAUCUCCAAAAAUACAAAUAAAAUACUAAUAAAAUGUG